UUUAUUCGCUUCCUCACCCGCACUCUCCUCACCAGCGUAACUAUGCACAACGAGGCCGGGUGCCGAAUAGUGCUCACACUCAGUAACAUGAGCUCACAUCUUGUGGUGUACUUGUGCGCCUAUAUGGUUAUAUAUUUGGAGUUGGUCAUCAUCCACAACCUCUCGCCGCAUGCGAGGCGGCCACGAGUAAUCCUAGCUACCAUUUGUGUGCUGUGUUCGGUUGGUCCCCAAUUCGUGUAUCUAACCAUUCCACGCAAGACUGUCGGCCUAGAGAGCUUUUGCGACCUCCCGCUUGUCGUCAAUGAUCAACUAUACCAUGUCAUUAUCGGUACAGUUGUGGUCUGGGCUCUAUUGGCAGGGAUUGCCAGCUUUGUGAGCAUGUCAAUCGUAGCAGUCCAUAUACGAAGGACAUCGCGCAGGGCCCGACGCAUCAGUAACAUAAUGACCCACGAAGGCGUACCUGGUAUUUAUUCUAGGAAAGACGUCGGCCGGUCCACAGCUGACCUGCUGAACCAAACAUUGAAGUCAGCAGUGUGGUUUCCUAUCACCCCGGUUGCGUCCCUCUGGUUUAACAGCGCGCUGGUAUUCGUUCGGUUUUAUUCACAGCGGCCAUACUACAACCUCGAAUACAUAAACAUAUCUCUCUUUUCGCUGAUGACUAUCUUCAUGGCUGUUGCGUUCUUUUUCAAUCCGAUGGUCAUGGGCUUUUUACGCGACUACCGUAGAUCAUGGAAGGCGUCAAAGUGUGGGGAUCCACAGAACAAUAUCCAGCGUAGCCCUAUAGGACUGAGAAUACGGGUCAACUCGUUGUUUUCCUCAGGGACCUUAGCCGACUUUGUUUCAUAGCAGUACUCAUUAAGUACAUCUAACCUCUAGCG